AGAGCGUCUGAGUCGUCGGCCGGUUGUCUGUGCGGCCAAUAGGCUUCGGGCCGGGUGGUGGCGCGCGUGGCGGCGGCGGGCUCUCCUGUGGGGAGUAACGGGAGAGCUGUUAGAGUGUGCAGGUUGCGCGCCUGCCCCUCUUGGGCGGAGGUGAGAUCUAGGAAAGAAGUGACACCUUCCCCGCCCUAGCGCACGAGUGGCCGUGCGUUCUACACCGCCACUGGAGCGCAGCGUGGAAAACGCCUCCACGGUAGCGGCGCGUGGUCAGGGCUCCCAGCCGCCCCCUUUGCCUCGUUUCCGGUGAAGACCUCCAUCACAGGGGGACUCUGAGACCCUGAGGCUGUAACGGGCUGCAGGCAGUGGAGUCUAAAAUUCAGAAGCAGAACCUUCAGGUUUAACCCAUUUUCCAGAAUAUUUCAUGCAUUUGUGGACUAAUACAUGGAAUUUAUUUUUAAAAAGACAUUGUCAGUGAUCCUGAUACAGCUCUCAAUAUAGUCGUCAAUGAAGAAGCAUGUGCCUGAUUAUUGGUUGGACUAGUAGUCAUUUCUGAAAGUCUCUUCAAGCACAAUUUCCAUUUGAAGACUCAAGUUUCAAAGAAUAUUGGCUUUAGAAUGGUGUAAUAAUGUUAUAUUUUGUUUGAGGACUACAGAUUUCAGACACUACAGUUGGAUUCCUCAUAUAGUCUCCAAUCAAAGUGGUUUAUAAUGCAGCUUUGAUAAACAAUUUUGAAGAAUUUUAUAUUUAUAAACACCAAAAGAUGGGAGAAAAAAAUGGUGAUGCAAAGACUUUCUGGAUGGAGCUAGAAGAUAAUGGAAAAGUAGACUUCAUGUUUGAAAAAACACAAGAUGUGCUGCAGUCGCUGAGGCAGAAAAUAAAAGAUGGGUCUGCCUCCAAUAAAGAGUACAUCCAAGCAAUGAUUCUAGUGAAUGAAGCAACUAUAAAUACCAGUUCAUCAUUUGUAAAGGAUCACAUACCUGUGACUCAGAAUGAACAGGAAAAUAAACCAAAUGUACUUCCUUCCACAUCACAUGAAAACUCCUUUCCUGAAGACUGUGCCAUUCUAUCUACAGAAAAAAAGGAAGUUCUCCCUCUGGAAAAUAAAGUUGUAGACUUUAGGAAAAAGGAAUCACCUUUGAAUUUAUCUUACCAAAGUCAUGUCUGCUCUGGUGCUUGUCUGAUGAAAAUACCACUCACCUUGAAAGGAGCAAACCCCCUGCAGCUACCAAUCAAAUGCCACUUCCAAAGACGGCAUGCAAAAACAAACUCUCAUUCUUCUUCACUCCAUGUGAGUUAUAAAACUCCCUGUGGAAGGAGCCUACGAAACAUGGAAGAAGUUUUCCAUUACCUACUUGAAACAGAGUGUAAUUUCUUAUUUACAGACAACUUUUCUUUCAAUACUUAUGUUCAGUUGACCCGGAAUUAUCCAAAGCAAGAAGAAGUUGUUUCUGAUGUGGAUAUUAGUAGUGGAUUGGAAUCAGUGCCAAUUUCUUUCUGUAAUGAAAUCGACAAUAAGAAACUUCCACAGUUUAAGUACAGAAAGACCAUAAGGCCACGGGCAUAUUAUCUAAACAGCCAUUCCAGCAUGCUCUCUGACUCAUGUGACUGUUCUGAGGGCUGCAUAGACAUAAAAAAAUGUGCAUGUCUUCAAUUGACAGCAAAGAAUGCUGAAGCAUGUCCCUUGUCAAAUGAUGGAAUAUCUACUGGAUAUAAAUAUAAAAGACUACAGAAACUAGUACCUACUGGCAUUUAUGAAUGCAACCUCUUGUGCAAGUGUAAUCGGCAUAUGUGUCAAAACCGGGUUGUCCAACAUGGUCCUCAGAUAAGGCUGCAGGUGUUCAGAAGUGAGAAGAAAGGCUGGGGAGUACGCUGCCUCGAUGACAUUGACAGAGGGACAUUUGUGUGCAUUUAUUCAGGAAGAUUACUAAGCAGAGUGACCCCUAAGAAACCUAAUUACAUUGAUGAAAAUGGAAAGGAACAGAACAUAAUGAAUAAAGUAGUUUCAAAAAAGAGGAAAAUAGAAGUUGCAUGUUCACGGUGUGAAACACAUCCUAGAAGUCCUGAAACUGAGAACUGUCCACCUGAGUUUAUCGAUCCAAGAGAGCCUGAUAUGGAAAUGGACUAUAAAAAUAUCUCAAGAACUCAACAUCACUCAGUUAUUAGAUGUCCUAAAUCCAAGACAGCUGUUUUUCAUCACAAUGAAAAAAACAUGGGAUUUGUUUCCUCAGAUUCUGUCACCCCAGAAGAUAACAAUGGAUUUAAACCAGCUCAAGAACACCUGAACUCUAAAGCCAAGAGAGUGCAUGAGGACUCAAGUUCAAACCAAGUUGAAGAUUCAAAAGCCAAACAGCUGACUGAGUCAGAUGUCAUAGAUAUAACUAAAAGUAGAGAAGGCACACCACCAGAGAGCAGGUAUAACCAAGCAAACAAACUCUGCAGUGAAAAUUCCAAUAAGGAGCUUGACGUUCAAAUUAAAAAAUCCCAGGAGGAAAAAUCUCCAGCUUCUCAAAGUCAGCAGGUCUUUUGUGAUGAAGAGCUGCCAAGUGAAACCAAGAAUACUUCUGAUUCUCCCAUGAAGUUCAGUAAAGAGAAUGUAUUUCUUUUGGAUGCUUCAAAAGAAGGAAAUGUGGGCCGUUUCCUUAAUCAUAGUUGCUGUCCAAAUCUCCUGGUACAGAAUGUUUUUGUAGAAACACAUGACAGGAAUUUCCCGUUGAUGGCCUUCUUCACCAACAGGUAUGUCAAAGCAAGAACAGAAUUAACCUGGGAUUAUGGUUACAAAGCUGGCACCGUGCCUGACAAGGAAAUCCUCUGCCAAUGUGGGGUUAACAAGUGUCGGAAAAAAAUAAUAUAACUCAUGAUCAGGCUGAAAUUGGAGCCUUCAGUUAUCAGUGGAAUCAGUGGUUAAUUCCCCUGUUUACCCUCGGGAGUUCCUAUUUUAUUUCUGAUUUUAUCUGUAUAACUUAGAAAGGCCAGGAAAAGAAUAAGGACAUUUUCAUAUGUAUAAGGCAUUGCUUGUUUUUACUGUUACUUAUCUUUACAUGAGUAGAAUAGAGAUAUAUUUUAUGUAAAUACUGCUGUACAAUUUAUAAUUUAUUUGUAUUUUAUAUAUUAAGAAAGACAAAAAUCACAAUAGAGUUUGUAUGUUUCUAAAUUGCUUUUGUGUUUUUUUAAAAUUUAUGCUCUAAAGGGCCAAAUUUUACAUCUUCACCUACAAAAUAGAUGUUAAAUUCCUGCCAAAUGGCAUUUAUCAUUAUGAGCUAACUACAAGGAAGGCAAGAGUCUGGAAAAUAUGUAGGGACUAAUUUUAUGCACGUUAUGCCAAAUAUUUGAUUUUGUUGGGGAUUGAACCUAUGGCCUCAUGCAUGCUAGGCAGUCACUGUACCACAAAGCUACAUCCCCAGUUUUCCCAAGUAAUUUAGUACUUACUGCAGAGGCUAUGUCUGACUCCGUUUGUCAUUGUCCGUCAACCAUUUGAGUAGGAAAAAUUCUGACAGUCUCCUUGAAGAUAAAUCUUCUUUUUCAGUCUCUUUAUUGCUUCGAUGCAGACAAGACAAAAGGAAAGUAGAAACCUGGAAGAAUAUCAGUAUUUUGUUCUAAACAGAGUAAACCUUUACGCAAAGGAGGUCCUGCAGCUAGUCAAAAUUGCCUGAUAUGCGCUGAAAGGAAUUGUGUUAAAAAAGAAAACAGAACAGCUCUGAGCUUUAGACAGUUGAGUCAGGAUACAGUAAAGACGCAGAAAUUUUAAGCAAUAUACUAAGAGUGAGGAAAUAGUCAUUUUUAGAAAUAUUUUUGUAUGGAAGAGGCUACUGUGAAUCAGUGUUUCCUUGAGGUCUACUUUUGCAUCCAUUUGACAUUCAAAACUGCUGUUCUGCCCAUUUCAUUCCCUUGGAGGAAUUUCUCCAGAAAUCCUGGUCUGCUUUAGUCUGUUUGGUUCACAGCCAGCACCCUCCUUUCAUACCUGAGUUCCCCUUUUUCAGGUUUAUUCUCACAGUUUUUUUUUUUUUUUUAAGUGAGCUUUUAAAAUUUCAUACAUUUCCCACUCAAAUCCAGACCUUCCUUCCCUAUCUGUGCUUCCCUCUAUUCCCCCACUGAACCCUAUGCACUCUGCCAUACAUGCUGAGUCCUAUUCAUUCAGGUGUUUGUACCCA